GGCGGCUCCAUCCGCCGGCGCCGUUAGCCUGCGCAGCCUGGUCGGGGCGGUCUCCGGGAUCCAGGCACCGGUGAGUGGCCGGGGCGGCUCCUGGGCAGGAGCAAGUGGCUCCGGAUCCGCGGGGAUCGGGCCCAGCCGCGCAGCGCAGUGCCCCGGGGAAGGUGCCCUGCUGGGCGUCGUCUGGCCGCGCAGCUCCCGUGGGCUGGAUCCGGGACUCAACGAGGCUGGGGUCCCCCCGGUGCCUUUAAAGGCUGGGGGUGACGGGGCGCCACCCCCCCCCCCCCGCCGCCUGGGGACGGCCCGGGGGAGCGGGCAGCAGCUAGCCCGGGAGCCGUCGUGGGGACGCUAGCUGACGGGUCCCCGUCUAGGGGCCACCCUCAUUCCCAAGGGCCCCCUCCUGGGCCAGCAGCACAGCCCCGAGUGCUAGCAGGAGAAGGGGCUGGUGCAUUCUGGGUCCAUCCCUGGACACCCUCUGACCCACACUGGGUGCCCCCUGCCCCAGCAGUGGCCAUGCCGCAGUACUCGGGGCAUGCCAACGCCUCGCACCUGGGGCCAGGUGUGGCUGCUCUGCUGGACAGGAGCAGUGACUUCACUCUGGGCCUGAACAUCUUCUCUGGCGCUCUGCAUGCCGGGCCCCCCAACCUCUCCCUGAUGCCGUGUGAGCUGGAGCCGCUGGGCUCCCUACCCCUGGACACCGAGGGGUCUGCAGCUUGGGGUAGCCUUCUGGGGCCGGCCCUGUCACUGGUGCUGCCUGUGGUGUACGCCCUCAUCUGCGGCUGCGGCAUCCUGGCCAACGGGCUGGUGAUCUCCAUCGUGCUGAGCUGCAAGCACAAGCUGGUGUCGGACGUCUACAUCCUGAACCUGGCCGUGGCUGACCUGCUCUUCCUGGUGGGGAUGCCCUUCAUCAUCCACCAGCUUGUCCAGGAGCACGGCUGGAUAUUCGGGGACUUUCUGUGCCGUGCUGUCACCACCCUCGACCUCAACAACCAGUUCACCAGCGUGGCCAUCGUCACCGUGCUCUGCGUGGACAGGUACGUGGCAGUUGUGUACUCGUCCACAGUGGGCCAGAAGCGGACGCUGCGCUGUACGGCCCUGAUCAAUGCCGGCGUGUGGGCCAGCAGCCUGGUGAUGGCCACGCCAGCCAUGCUGUACGCCCGGGUGCAGCGGGAGAACCAGACGGAGCUGUGCCUCAUGGAUCUGCCAGGCCCCAGCAGCCUAUACUGGUACACGCUCUACCAGUCACUGGCGGCCUUCCUCCUGCCGCUGCUGGUGAUCACGGUGCUGUACUCCCUCACCCUGCACCACCUGUUCCGGGCCAUGCACCGGGCGCAGCGACGCUGCUCGGCCCGCAGCCGGCGAGUCACCCGCAUGGCGCUCACCAUCAUCACUGCCUUCCUCAUCUGCUGGACACCCUUUCAUGUGGUGCAGCUGGUCAACCUGACGGCCGCCCCCUCCGUCGCCUCCUUCUACCUGAACCAGUUCACCAUCUGCCUCAGCUAUGCCCACAGCUGCGUCAGCCCCGUCCUCGUCCUCUUCUGCACCGAGUUCUUCCGCGAGCGGAUGGCCCACUCUAGGUACUGCAGAUUCAUCACCAGGUGGAGGGCGCUGCGUGCGGGCACUGCCCUGCCCAGCCAGGAGCUCACCUCCACUGUCUACAGCCCACAAGUGGGCAGCGCCACGGCCCAGCGCUGCCGGCGCCCCUUCGGCACCGAGCAGCUGCCAUGCUCCAUGACCGAGGCCAGUGUCACCAUCAAUGGGCAGGAGGAACAAAGCGCCGUCUAGGAGCCUCCGUGCUACCAGAGCACUGACUUCAGUUGGAGCCCACGGAUGGCCCCCACUGCUGCAGCAUGACUUGGCAGGCGUGGGGACAGAACUUUGGUGAUGCCAGGCCAAGGCAACAUGCCAGGAGCCUCAGCCACGGCUCAGAUGGGACUUUUCACCUCCCCAUAGGACAGUGCAGAUUCCCACCCCUGAGGCUGGUGGGAAGAGCCAGUCUAGCUCAACCACCAGAUAUGGACUUGAUGCAGGAAUUGCUGGGUGAGGUUCUCUGGCCCGGGUUAUGCAGGAGGUCAGACUGCAUGGUCGCAAUGGUACCUCCUGGCCUUACAGUUGGCAGAUCUAUGAACCAGGGAGUCUGGGCAGGAAAUGGCAGUGACAGAAGAGACUUUAAUAAA